CUGACAUGGCGUUAUGUAUCACCUUGGGCAUGUAUUUCAUCCUGAAUAAUUAUCCACCCCUUGUCUUCAAAAAAAGGGAGUCAUAAUUGUGUUGAAUAAUUCACAGGAUGAGAAAUUGAGCAGCUCUAGGGUUUCGAGUGCUUAUUGUUCCUGGACGAGGUCUCUCAAUGGCUGCAAAAAGUGAACUCGUCAUGCUCCUUACUCAUCACUGGCCGUUCACGGAUUGGCUAGGUGUACAGUCCACUUGUCCUCUCAUACGCACGCAUGAAUGCAUCUUUCUUAUUUUUCUUGAACAGAACUACAUACACACAGGUACAAAGUUACUGAGGACCACAAUGCCAGUAGAAAAGCCCAUCACACUGGAGAGUGACGUCAACAUUGAUAUGGAUGAUGCAGAUAGAAAUGACAGCGUUUUCUAUGUUGGAAUUGAUGUGGAUGGAAGAAAGCAGCGAGAAGAGAUGGACAAAAAGAAGAAAGAAAGAAAAGUUGUCAAGAGACAAGUGCAGAGGCUUGAGAGAAAAUCAACUUAUCUUUACAACGAUAAAAAGAACAGGAUUAAUGGAGAAGGAGAAGUAGAGGAGAUUCCCAAGGAAAGAAAGAACAGUAAGAGCAAGAAGGCCGGGAUACAACAGGACGAAGCAGAAAGAGGUAGAGAGGAGAAGAAGAAGUUGAAAACGAUGCAAGGAAAUGAUCGUCAAUCAAAAAAGAGCAUCUCUGAUGCGAGCUCUUCAUCUGAUGAUGAGUUUGUGGUGGACUCGCUGAGUGAGGAAGAGCUGGAGAAGCUGAUAGAAGCCAUAGAGGAGAAGAAGAAGCUUAUCGCCACACUGAAAACACAACAUUGGCCAAUGCACAAGAAACUGUCUACACUCAGGGAAUCACAAGCAUUUAUAGAAAAGUAUGAGGGCACUUUAGGGAAAGUCAAAGGGAGGAAGCUCUACACCUGCAAGGUCAUGGUGAUGAAGAAAUGGGUGAAGUUUCGUCGAAACUUUAAUAACAUUAAGAAGGCCUGCAUUCCAUGGGAGAUGAAGAUCAAGGAAAUUGAAAGUCACUUUGGCUCAUCAGUAGCUUCCUAUUUCAUACUUCUGCGAUGGAUGUUUGGCAUCAACAUAAUUCUCUUUGCACUGUCCUUUGGGCUUGUUAUUUUUCCUGAGGCAUUAAUGGGGAUGCCAUAUGGGAGUAUUCCAAGGAAGACGGUCCCCAGGGAUGAACUAUCCACUGCUAUGAAUUUUGACGUCCUAUGGGACAUUGAGGGUUACCUUAAGUAUUCAGUACUAUUUUACGGCUACUACAACAACCAAAGAACAAUCGGCUGGAUCAAGUUCCGCAUGCCCUUGUGCUACUUAUUGGUUGCGGUGGUCAGCGUGGCUUACAGUUACAUGGAGGUCAUUAGAAUCAUGGCACGAAACGAAAGUCAAGAAAGUGGAGGAGAUGAAACCCAUUUUAAUUACAGCUGGAAAAUAUUCACCAGUUGGGAUUACCUUGUUGGAAACCCGGAGACAGCCGACAGCAAGUUUGCCUCCAUCGCCACAACGUUUAAGGAAACCAUUAUUGAAGAGAAAGAACUCAAACAAGAAGAAAAUAUCAGAAGGACAUUAGUAAUCCGUAUCCUGGCCAAUAUAAUGGUUUUCUCCAUCCUGGUGGGAAGUGGGUAUCUAAUCUAUUUUGUAGUGCGCAGGUCUGAAAAGUUUAUCCGUGCUGGGAUGAAAAACUUCAACUGGUGGGAAAGAAAUGAAGUGAAUGCAGUGAUGUCUCUGUUAACAACGUUCUGUCCUAUGUAUUUUGAGGCAAUAGCCCUUAUGGAGAAUUAUCACCCACGCAUUGCCCUGCGCUGGCAGAUGGGCCGUGUUUUUGCUCUUUACGUAGGCAACCUGUACAGCUUUGUCAUAGCCGUUAUUGAGCAGAUCAACAUCUCGAGGGUUGAAGAAGAGGAAAUGAAGCAUAAUCUGACCAUAUAUGAGGCUAACAUGUAUAACAGGUCCAUAGCGGAGAAUUCAACCUUUCAUGUGAAUCCUGCAGAUGUACCUAGAGGGCCCUGCUGGGAGACUAUGGUGGGACAGGAGUUUGUACGUAUGGUGAUUUCAGACACAUUGACCGUUUUCAUUGUGCUGCUGGUCAACGACUUCUUACGAGCAGUUGUGAUUCGGCUCCUCAACCACUGCUGGUGCUGGGACCUGGAGUACACCUUUCCAUGCUAUUCCUUUUUUGAUCUGAGUGGCAACGUCCUCGGCCUCAUAUUCAACCAGGGAAUGAUCUGGAUGGGGACGUUGUUCGCUCCCUGUCUUCCUGCACUCAACCUCCUCAAACUGCAAUCAUCCAUGUACAUACAAGCCUGGGGCGUCUUGUGCUGCAACAUCCCUCACCCAAAUAUCUGCAAAACUUCACGUUCUAGCAACUUUUACAUGAAAAUACUGCUGUUCAUCCUCUUCGUCUCCACACUGCCCACAAUCUUCACCAUCGUAUCUAUGCGUCCAUCCUUUGACUGCGGGCCUUUCAGUGGGAAAGAUCACAUGUACGACGUGAUCACGGAGUCGCUGGAGUUGGAUUUUCCGAGAUGGCUCGGAAAUGUGUUCAGCUACAUCUCAAACCCGGGACUGGUCGUGCCUUUCCUACUGCUCAUGGUCCUCACGAUUUAUUACCUACAUGCCACGUCUAAAUCCUACAAGCAGGCCAACAAUGAUCUGAAAAAGAAACUGCGGGCUCAGUGUGAAGAGAACAGAAAAAAGAGCAGGUUUGAAGCAAAGAAAUCAGCUGAAUAUUUGGAGCAGGUCAAAAACAAGGUCAAGCAGAGCAACAACAACGCGUCUGAGAAAAGAGACAACAGCAAGAGAAGCAGACAAAGUUAUUCAUCUCCUCCUCCAAAUGUCUUCAGUGGAGGUCGAGGUUCCAGCCUGAAAUACUCACACAAACCUCCUUGCACUCGACCCCCGGCACCCCGCUCUCACCUCCUGCACGGGCAACUGCCAGGAUUUCCACCAUGUUAAAACAAAUGUUCAUUUUGUGUCUCUUUAUCACUAACUGCUCCUGAAUCCUGGAGAGAAUCAGUCGUCUGAUUAAAUUUCUUUUUCUAUCCAGAUUAUCGUACCUACAGUGUAAUAAUACAGAUUGAAUCGCAGCAUCAUUUUGUUGUUUUCUUUCGUUCAUGUUGUUUUAAAUGGCAUCAGCAAAAGCACUGAUGAUGGACUAAAGACACAAGGAAUAAGCAAUGAAAUAAACAUCUUCCAGGUCUCUUAAUGAUCACAUUUAUCACUGGUUUGAUUUAACAAGAUGGCGUCCAUCCUCUUUAUGAUAUUCCAAGAUGUAAACAUGAAUUUCAGCUUUAAAUAUUGUUGUUAUAUCAAGCUGCCCUGUGCUUAAUCUGCAGGAUGUUUUUGGUAUUAAGUUCGCACAAAUUAUGAAUACAGCUAUUUACAGCCGAAAAAAGUAAGACAAUGAAGACAAAAUCAGCCAGUUUAUCUUCGUACCUACAAUCACUGGCCAAACGAAACCACAAAAUCCCAGCAGUGAGAGUGACAUGAUAAUGGCAAGACAUCAUGUGAUAGCAUUUUUACUGAUGAAUAAAGUAGACGGAGCAUGAUAAACUGAUGAACGACAGAUCAGAAUAAAAAUGAACUUAUGA